UCUCCGACAAAUUGCCUGCCUCCAUUUCAUUUAUUUCCCUUCCUGGUGAAUUUUCUUUUUCUUCCAAUGGUGGUGGUUGUUGUUUUCUCCCCUUUUCUUUCAAAUAGGUUUUAUUUCUUUGUCUUCCCAUUUUUACUCCCCAUUGUUCCUUUGUGGUUGUUUCUGUGUAUUAGAUCAAACUUCUAUGUCACCCAGAUUUUUUUUGAGUUGGUCUUAUAUAGUAGAUGUUUUGUUGGACCCAGUGCUGCAAUCUCUCAGGUCUUCUGGACAGGUUAUUCUAGGGAUGCCCCCUACUUGGGAUAUUUGAGUUCUCUUGGUGUAGUUGGGUCUUGAAUGUUACUGUCCCAUUCAUGGGUGGAGUCUCUUCUCACAGUGUCUGACUAUGUGUUUCACUGUUUACUACAGUGACCAAACCACACAAAAUACAACAUGACAAGACACAACUUGAAGGGCACAAUACACGAAUGUACUCACAAUACCAAUAACCCCAAUAAAAGUGAUCACCAGAGAUAAGAGAAUUAGGAGAGAAAAAAAUCAAAAAUUAUAUUGAGAAAAGAAAAAAAGGUAAGAGAGAAAAGAAAAAGAAGAAAAAAGUAGGGGAGAAAUAUAUAUGGGGAUAAAACACCACAAAACAAACAAAUACACCCAAAACAUGCAAACAACAAACACCCAGAAAAAAAGGGGGUGGGACAGAAUCUGAAGAGGCAGAGCUUAUAUACAGAAAGUAAGGUUAAGGAAUUGAAUGAAUAGGGGAAGGACUAUAGUUCAGUACAGAGAAGAUAAAAAGAGAAUAAAUGGUUAAGAACAAAAGUAAAAAGAAGAAAAACAAAAAAAUCAAUAAGUUAAAAAAAAUAAGAUAAAACAGAAUUUAAAAAAUUUUUCUAUCCUAUAUAUUCAUCUAUUUUCAAAAAAGGAGAAUAGAAGAGAGAUAAGAUAGGCUUGGGUUUAAUGAGUGAAACUAAUUAAGUAAUUAGGAGAAGAAGAAAGUGAGGGAGGAGAGGAAAAACAAAAGCAUAAAAAAGUGGGCUAGUGAAGAAAGAGAAAAGAGAAGGGUGCAUGGACUUAGAGCAGGGGAGAGGAAAUUAGAUAUAUGAGUAAAUUUCUACAGAAUACAGAGACUACAAUAAUAAUACAUCAAUAAAGAAGGUCAAUUUUUAACAAGGGUUAAAAAGAAAAGAGAGAGAAAAAAAACUAAAGUAGGGACAGAAAAAAAGAUGAAAAAGGGAGAAGUGAGGAAGAAAAGGUUGGGGAAAAAAUGAAAAAAUAAGAUAAAAAAAUAAAAAUAGAAUGAAGAAAAAUAAUACAAAUAAAUAAAAGAUUAAAAAAAUUUUAAAUAAGAGGUAAAAAAUAAAAAAGUAAAGUGUCAUUUGCUUCAGCUGAGUUUUAAUGUCCAUGGGGGCUGGUUUAAGACCCCACUCUAUUGUUCUGUCUGCCACUUCUCAGUUUCCUGUUAGGUAGUCAGCACCAUGUUGAAAUUGCAAGUGAUCCACCACUCUUCUGUUUGUGUCUAUCUCCACAGCCUUGACUAUAAAAAGGCAGGACUAAUCUGCUCACUUUGUUUGUCUGCCUGCUAUCAGUUUUAAUUAUUCAAGUGUCUAUUUCUGACACGGGCUUUAGGUGGGGAUGUUGCGGUAUUGGUUUCAAGGACUAAAGGGUCCCUCAACCUAGUCCCCGAGUUCUCCCUGGAGCUAUUCAGAGUUUUUGUUUUUUCUGCAAAGCUGGUUGUGUCUGCACUAGUUGCCCUGCAGCUGCUGGCAGGGGCUGAUUCUUAAGGAGAAAAAUGGCUGCUUAGAUUCGGAGGAUCUGGAAUGUGUCCGUGCCAGAUUCCUGGUUACCUUUCCCUGUCCUGCUCCUCUCCACAGCCUCCCCUCAGCCUCCACAAAACUGCACCUCCAUCUGCAUCACAGCCUUCAUGAGUGUUUGUAAUUGAAAGAUCCUAUGAACUGGGUUUAGCGAAUAAAAGCAAGGAAAAUACAGAUGCAAAACAACUGUGAUACUAAGUCCCACCAAGGCUGACUCAUGAGAGCGCUUCCCAGGAGUGAGGUCAUGCAGUGCUGAAGAACUUCCAGCCAAGGGCCUGGAGAUUUUGGAGUGAUCACUAAUGGGCAAGGUGUUUGGGUUCCUAAAGAAAUUUGCCAUCAGUCCUAGCUGAGUCUCAGCAGACCCUGUUGAGAAGAAGCAAGAAAACAGCAACAUGAAGAAGAGGGAGCAGCUACCAAAACACUUGGGUGCCUGGAACUGCCCUCAGGGCCCAGUUGGUUUACACAACAUUGGACAGAGCUGUUGCCUUAACUCCCUGAUCCAGGUGUUGAUUAUGAACAUGGGUUUCACCCAGAUACUGAAGAGGGUAACAGUACCAAGGAGAGUGGAAGAGCAGAGGAGAAAUGUCCCCUUCCAGUUGCUCUUACUGCUGGAGAAGAUGCAGGACAGUCGACAGAAAGCAGUGCGACCCAUGGAACUCAUCUACUGUCUCCAGAAGUACAAUGUACCAUUGUUUGUCCAGCAUGAUGCUGCUCAACUCUACUUCACAGUAUGGAACCUAAUUAAGGGCCAAAUCACUGAUGUGGACUUGGUAGAAAGACUGCAGGCCCUGUAUACAAUCCAGAUGAAGGAGUCCUUUAUUUGCCUUGAAUGUACCACAGAGUGUAGCAGAAACAGUAGCAUGCUGACCCUCCCACUUUCUCUUUUUGAUAUGGACUCAAAGCCCCUGAAAACAGUGGAGGAUGCCCUGCACUGCUUCUUCCAGCCCAGGGAAUUGUCGAACAAGGACACAUGUUUCUGUGAGAACUGUGGGAAGAAGACCCGUGGGAAACAGGUCUUGAAGCUGACGUAUUUGCCCCAGACCUUGACAAUCCACCUUAUGCGGUUUUCCAUCAGGAAUUCACAGACAGAAAAAAUCUGCCACUCGCUGUAUUUCCCCCAGAGCUUGGACUUGAAUCGGUUUCUUCUGACUGAUAAAGACCUCUGCAAUGCUGAGUACCAGCUUGAAGGACUGUAUGAACUCUUUGCUGUGAUUGCCCAUGUGGGGCUGCCUGACUUUGGUCAUUACUGUGCCUAUAUCCGGAAUUCUAUAGAUGGAAAAUGGUUCUGCUUCAACGAUUCCAGUGUUUGUUGGGUAUCCUGGGAAGAUAUCCAAUGUACCUAUGGAAAUCAUAACUGCCGCUGGCGGGAAACUGCCUACCUUCUGGUUUACAUGAAGAUGGAGUCCUAAUGAAUGUAUCCUAAAUCUUUAGGGACCGACGAAGUAUCAUUUUCCUUGUCUAUUCCUGAAUCUGCUCUUUUAAAAGAUUUUGCAAUGAGGAAAAGCACUGUUUUCAAAUUGUACUGUUAAACUUUAUUUAUAAUCAGAGUAAUUAUCAAAAGAUUUAACAGUGACACUGCAACAGGUCUAGAUCAGUCAGAAUGGAUAUUUCCAUCAGUUGACUCUGGCCACAUGGUUGGAGCAGUGUCCUGUGUGUUCCCAGCUGUGUAAGACUUUAAGUGUUUAGUUGAGAGAUUGUGGGAGUCCAGAUGCUUUCAGGGGAAGAGAGACCUGGCCACCAAUGGUAGUAGGAAGCAUUCAGAUGGCAAGGGGCAAUGGUAGGGAAGUAUUUAAAUAUUUUACAACUUAGUAUGACUGUACUGGUUUGUAUUGACUGAAUAUAAUUUCUAUUUAUACAUACUUUUAAAUUUUAUCUUUAAAACCCAUGUUAAUCUCAUAAAACUCAAGUGACAAAUAUGUAUUGAUUACCCACUCUUCAUAAGAAUGCAUGCUAGGCACAAUAAUGAAUAAAGUUUUUCUC